CGAAAAGUUCGGUUUGCCGGAUAAAUUGAAAAUGUCCUAACCGUGUUUCAAACAAAUAUAUAAAAUACAAGUGAAUAUACUAAAGUCUUCAUUCAUAUACUACAAAAUUUAAGCAUUUCAUAUCAUGAUUGGUGGCACAAGAAGAAGAAGAAAAAUGUGAAAAGGGUAAAUGCUAACCACGCAGAAGUCGGUAAUUGGCAAGGCAACAACAAAAAAGUGCCAAGAUUCGUUACAUUGAAAACACUUAACAAGUCCUUUCGAAGCUAAGUGGCAAUAAAAAUAAUAAUAAAUGAAAGCUAAAAAUUAAUUGAUGUUCAAGAAAGCGCCAAAGUCAAUGAUUCGCCUGUGAAGUUGUGCGGCGACGGCGGUUAGGCGGUUAGGCCGCAACGAAGUGUUGACAGAGUCAGUGCGGAGUACUCAAAUUGAAAUCGGCAUUCGCAUUUGAAUCGGAACGGAAUCGGCAUCGAAAACGGUAACGUUAACGGCAACGGCAAAGGGAUCGCUGCUUGCAGUGGGUGUGAAUGCGUGCGAGUGUUGCUUAGAACAAUACACGAGAAUUAAAAGUAAUAACAACAAGCAGCUGGCAACCACUGGAGAGCCACUUACUCAGCCAAAGCAACAGAAGAUAAAGAAAUAGAAAAUUAUAAAACAACAACAGCAAGAACAAAACAAUAAUAAUACAAGUCGUUAUAACGACGCUAGUGCCAACGUUGACCUCACUGGCGUGGCAGACGACGCCUGACGACCCCGACCGCGACCUCCGUUCAUCGAUACAAACGGGUAGACAGACGCGUGUAUGUGUUUAUAUGAGUGUGUGUGGGUGUGUUGGUGAGUGCAAAAGUGUUGUGGCACACCAAUUCAACCAAUUUAACCACUGGUAUCCCGCAUGCUGCUUUGUAGAAGGAUAAGCAUCUGAUGGCGCUGUAGUGGCAGCCCACAAUAUUAUUGAUAGCAAACACCAAUACCAACAACAGCAACGCAGAUUAUUUGCUUAUGCAGCAAACAACAAUAAAAAAGCUUAUAAUUCAAGCAGCAGAUAACUAACGAACAAAGCGCUCGGAAAUCGGUGGAAAGUGUCGAAGGACAAUGGCUGAGCGUCAGCUGCGGAGCGGCGAGCAGCGGGCAACAAUGCAUACAAAUAAGUUUAAAAUCGGCAUUUGAGGCGUUUAGAGUGUUUAGAUAUACAUCGAAUAAAUAAAGCUUGUUGUGGUUAUAUGGACGCGUGUAAGUGUUGUUGAGUGGCAAAUUCAGCGCCUGCCGACUCCAACCAUUUUCGAUUUCGCUGCUGUCUCCACUCUUGCCACAAACACUCGACUGCGCUCUCUACACUCGUUUGCUGUCGCCUCUAACCAUGCCAAGGCGUUAAUGCUGUCGUGUGCAUUUAUAAAUAGGUUAGGAAAUGGUUCUAUUUCAAAUUAUAUCCAAAGCUUGCUACAAAUCUAAAUUGAAUCAACGAAAUCAACCGAAUCAAUUUGCUGAAAAUACACGCAACGCGGUUGAAGUGUACGGCGAGAGAGUAUGCUAGAGGGGAGCUAAAAAAUAGAGAGAGUGAAAAUAGAGCGAAUUCCGGCCGCCAAUCAGCCGCGCAGCCAAGCGUACAACCAACCGACCGACCAACCAAAUAUCCGAGCCGCGCAAUCAAACAGCAAAAACAAAAGAAGCCAAAGCUACCAAAUAACUAAAUUGAAAGUCCGCACGAAGACGAGUCAACCAACCGAAAGACAUAAAAAAUCGCAAAUAAAUUGGGAAAAUCAAGCAAAAAAUAAGAAAAACUUAAACCCAAGGCAGAUAAACCCUUACAAGGACACAGCACUUAAUAAUAAUACGAGCAGCCUUUUCGUAAACAACAAAUACUAACAACUAUCGACUCGCUGAACCAAGAGCGCUUGCAACAAGCGCUUAGAAAAACAAAAACCGAAAAAAAUAUAAAUAAAAUAUAGACACAUUCGUAUCGCCAUCAACAUUUACCUCAUCAUCCUCGAAACACUUAUUGCCCACUUACCGCACUGAAAGUGAGCAAUUUCUUCGUGACCGCCCUUUCACUAAGACUCUUGCAGCACAUCAGCCCACGCUGCUUUGAACUAUAAACCAGCUGCUUUCUCACAGCUGAGUUAGUAAAAACAACGAACGAAAAAAUGGAAGAUGCUCCACCGCCGCCGAAGAAGAGCACCACACUCUCCGUGGACCGUGCAGCGUUCCUGCUGUUGCGUGUUAAGAAAGCAUUCAAGAAGAAACGUCAACAACGCAAAGAGAAACAGACGCAAGCCGCCAAUGCCGCCUUAAUAUCACAGGCGCGCUCUGGCCGUAAAUUGCCGCCCCCUCUGCUGCGUUCGCGCACCCUGCCAGCGAUUAUUGUGCCCGGCAUUCCGGUCGUCUCGCUUAAUACGGAUCGGCAAUUUGACGAACGCGCUAGCGGUCUUCUGGGCACCAAGUCUGGCAGCGGCACAAGCACCGGCGGUGGCGGCACAAAUCGUUGGUCUCUGCUCACCCGCCAAACACCGACAACACCUGGUUACACCAAUAACAACAACAACAACAAUAUGGUGAAUAUAAAAUCGUUGAAUUUGCCAAAAGACGACAUGGGUGUCUAUCGACGUAAGUCCUCCGGCAGCACUACAGGGCACAGCGGCAGCAGCGCCAGCAUGAGUGGCACACCAAUCGUCGGCUCACAAGUGGCGGAUGCGGCUUUGCUAAUGCCGACCUGCGAGGACUUCGAGUGCCAUGCCGCCGAUGGUUCAGUGUUGUUAAGAAUUCCCGCACCGCAUGUUGUGGCCGCACGUGCUUAUCGCCUGGCAUCGAAGAAGCGCAACAGCAGCGCCAACAACACCCACGACAGUCAACAGAGGCAGCAUCAACAGCAGGUGGGCGGCAGCAAUGUGUCAACAGCUGCGGGUAUAGCGGCAAUGGGUGGCAACGCUGCCGAGCCACAACAACCGUCAACGCCUGAAGGCACCAGCAGCGGUGGUGGUGGCGAGGUAACUGGCAGCACCGCGAACACGGCGUUGACGCGUCGGCUGGCCAAGUUGCUGCACCAGUCGAGUGUGACGGCUUCGAGGCUAACGUCAGCCGCGUCGCCGCAUUCUGAUCACACAACUGCCAGCGCCGCUGCCACCGCAAACAAUCUCCUGCCAAUUAUGGCUGCUGCGGCGUCAAGAGAGGGCGGUGGCCGCGAUGGCAAUGGCAGCUGCUUGGAAGAGGCGCCACGGCGACUUUCAUGGGAGCGGCGAAAGGACAGCAGCGCACUGCAACGUUCCGCCAGCAUUGAUUCCUUCGCCGAGAUUGUGUUUAGCGACACGCCGCGACCAUCACUCGACAUCCCGCGCCCCACCGUGGUGCCGUUCAGCAAGCGCCCGUCGGCCAGCAGCCUGUUCUCGAACUGCAGCACCACAUCGCAAACAACCCAAUUGAAUAUCAAUUACGGUGCCGGUGGCGAUCUCUGCAGCAGCGGCAGCAGUGCGGGCAACAGUCGACGCGAAAGCCUCUUAAGUCCAUCGUCAACGCGCCGCAAUAAGCUGACCAGAAUUAUAAACGACAAUAUUCUGCCGCAUAGUUUAACGCUCGAUCGUGCGAGUUGGCGUAAAGCGCGUGCCGAUAAGCGUCAAGAAGCGCAAGAAGAGGAAGAAGAAGAAGAAGAGCAAGAAGAUAGUGGUGGUGUAGGCAGUAGCUACUACUUCAUUGAUAACACACCUGACAUUGAUGAUGCUGAUAAUGACAACGGCGGCUUUGUCGAUGCAGAUGCCGACAGCGUUGUGGUGUUGAGACGUGCAGCGUCUACGCACAGCCAGCACAGUAGCAAUAACAAUAAUAACAACAGUAGUAGUAAUAACAAUAACUAUAACAAUAACAAUCGUAAUAGAAGCGAUAACACCGAAGAACAAUACUACAACGCGAUACGUGCGCCAUACAAUAACAAUAACAACAACAACAAUAACCCAACACAGCUGUCUGUAGCGUUGAACGGUGAUAAUAGCGACGAUAACGGCUGUGAUGCCGCAAAUACGUUCCGUUGGUCUGAGCAAUGGACGCCAAAUGUGGCUGUAGCCAAGAUACGCACGGCCAUCUCGUGUACGUCCAACGAUUUGCGUGAAAUGGAAUUUCUAUUGCCGCAAACGGGUGUAAAUAAUAUAGCAGCAGCCGCAGCGACAACAACAACAGCAACAGCGAUAGCAAGAAAUGCCGUAAAAAUGGCAACUACAAUGCCACUAAGCGCCAACAACACAAACAACAACAAUAAUAACAAUAACAGUCAUCACAACAACAACGAUAACGGUGGAAAUAGCAAUAAAAUUUUGCGAAUGACUGCGGACAAGCAGCGCAACAAUGGUCCAAGUAGUGGCCUGAGUGUGGCACGUCAAGCGCGCAACUCUGUGCCGGCACAACCACAGGCGCCGCCAACGGCCAAACAACCGAAAAUAAACGCCAACGAAUCGCUGGAGUUGGCACUAAAACCGCCCAAUUUGGCCAUUUACCGACACUCGGCGUUUGUGCGUACGAAAAUCAACGGCGACGGCAGCAUCAGCGGCGAUGGCCUCACCUCCAACGUCGGCGCUGGCAAUUGCGGCAACACGCCGUAUCGCAAUAAAAUGUCGAAGAAACAAUUAAAGUUGGCUCAGGCGCAGCUGGACAAAUUGAAUCAGAUCAAUUUACAUCAACAUGCUCUGUUUUCGGCAGUCGAACAUGGACAUCUCGACAAGGCGCGCACCAUUCUGGAAUCAACCGAUGUGGAUGUCAAUAGCAUAAAUAGUGAUGGCCUGUCAGCUUUGGAUGUUGCUGUCCUCAGCAACAAUCGCUCGAUGACCAAAAUGUUGCUGCAACAUGGCGCAAUCGAGGGCACACAAUUUUCCUCAGAUACCAUCGGAAACAAAUUGAAUGGUCUGCUCAAAGAUGCUGAGUCUCGUAUACAGGACUUGAGCGGCACAUCGGAUGGUGGGCUUUGUCAGCCCACAUUUGCAUCACGACCGUCCAUAUCCAGUAUUAUUAUUGGCAACACUGGCUCCUCCGUGACCGGCUGCACAGGCAACGAAAUCGAAAAGCAAAUCGGCAAUUGGGAGCGACGCGUGAAGGGCUUGCGACGCCUGCUGCUCGGCUGGGAUCAGACGCGCCCACCGGAUGCGCCCGCCUCGGUGGCGGUGGAUGUGACGGGCGACAACUCGAUAGCGCUGCAAAUACUCGAGCCGUACGAAGGUGCAAUUGCCACGAAAUUCAAAGUGCAAUGGUCGACUCGUGCGGAUUUCAGCAACAUUGUGGGCGAACGCGAAAUGGUCGACUGGACGAGUUUCCACGGCAAUAUGGGCACACAGUUGCAGAUUGGCGGCUUGACGCAAGGACGCCGCUACUUCAUACGCGCUGCUUGUGGCAAUGUCAAGGGUUGGGGCGCGUACAAAACGUCCGUGCCUGCAAGCGUCGUGCCAUCAAGUUGGCGCGAUUUCAAUAAUCGCGAAGAUCGUUAUGUGGGACGUCAGCGUGUUUUGGACAAUCUUUUUACGGCAGUACGUUUGGCGCGGCCGGCGGAUGUAUCGGAGUUGACAUUGGACGUCGGUGCGGCACAGCGACGCAAUCCAAAAAAGAAGACUACGAUAAAGCAACUAUUUUCGGUGGCAUCGAAAUUUCAAAAGCACUUAAGACGCGGCGUCUACUUGGCUAGUGUCGUUUAUUGUGAGGACAAAGUGCUGGUGACUAGUGAAGAUUUCUUGCCCGUUAUCGAGAUAGAUGAGACAUAUCCGAGCAGCUUAUACAGUGAUUACCAUUGGCUUAUGAAGGUUGCCUGCACCUGGGACGAUGUGAAGUCGUUACGCACGGAUAUGGAGCGUAAUUUAACAUCCGCCGUACAUUUUCGCACCAAACUCCUGUCCGCAGUUUGUCAAAUGCAAUCGACAUUGGGUCUCAAUGACUUGGGACAGCUUUUCUACAAACCACUACGUGAUUCUCAUGGCACAGUUGUCCUGACCUGCAUACAGUCUGUGAAGAGCCAGAAAACCGUAUCCAUACUCAACUCGCGGUGGUUGCCACUGAAUAAAUUGCAAAAGAAGAUAGUCGCACUGUUGGAGGACUACAACAUCAGUGAGAUGUUAAUAUCCUCCAUCAGCGAGCAAAUACACUACCAUCAAGCAUCUACGCAACGUCUAAGUCCAGGUUUAUAUUUGGGCUAUCUGAAAAUGCAGUGCUCUAUGGACCAGAUACAAGUGGUGGUGCCCGUGAAGACACCCAAUGUGCUGCCGCAUUACAAGGUGCGUGACAACAGUCACAUCACUGCCGAUGAAUGGCAAAUACUGAAGCGUAAAAAGUCCACGAGUUCCAACAGUCGCAGCAAUAGUCCCUUGAAUAUGGCGCUGGAAUUCAAUACAAGUACUGAAGAGACCACCGAAGGCCAACGUUUAUUCCUCUACGACCUCACUAAUGCCGCGCAUAAGCUAUUCACCUAUAUGAAUAUAAAGCCGGAGGAUGCCAAGACGCAUCGUCUGUAUGACAUCGAAGUCAUUGAGCACAGCAAAGAUAUUAGCUUUCUAGUGAUCUGUCCCGCCGUCGAGCUGGCUUGUGCCGUGCCUGGACAGUCAGAGUUGCUGUUACAACGUGACGAUCUCGCCAGUCUGAGCAUACAGGCCUUCGAGAUGAUACACCUGCGCACUUACCAACCUGGCAUCAUACAAAAAUAUGCACGCCUCUCUUGCAUACUGGAAUUAGAUACAGCAUUGGCCACACAUUCGCAACGUGAAGCCUUCUCCACAAGCGAACUGCAAACGGCCAAGGAACGUUUGGCGAAAUUGCAAGAGCUAUCAGCGAACUUGAAUGCCGUGUGGAAGAGUGUGCGUUGGUUGAUGGACGUGAUUGCAUUUGCACGCGAUAAAAACGCACAAUCCUCAGAGAUCAUGAAAGACAUACUUGCCUAUGACAAUGGUCGCGAUAAGUGCAGGGAGGGACGUGCAGUGGAUAAGCAGCUGCUACAACCACCAACACGCGAUGCCAAAUACACAAAAAGUUCCGGACGUGGCAGCUGGCCAGGGCCGGGCGCCAAUUCGCAGGGUUCCAGCAGUAACUGCUUAGCAGCCGAACAUUCUAAGUCCGAACAGAAUCUGGGACGUAGUGCUAUAACGCCCACCUCCUGUGCAAGCCUAAUACCGCCGCAACAGUCUGCCACCAAAUCGCAAAGCAGUAGCGAUUCACGUAAAACUGUCAGUUCCACCGGUACGCAACAAUUGUUGCAAGUCAGUAUGGGCGGCUACACGAGCUCUGACGUUUCGUUGCGCAAAAAUAGCGGUGACUCAAUGACCUCGUCGCAAUACACAACGCGCAGCUACUAUUCGGGGGCGGAAUCGGCGCUAGGUAGUAACAACGAACUCGGACAGAUCUUUGCAAUACCACCCUCACGUUCCGAUGACACACUAGCACUGGGCAGUUUGGAUGGAACAAAACACACACAUUCCGCAGUCACGCAUCGCAAACGUACCAGUUCCAACAUUACACAACAUGUAACGACGCCAGCAUCCUUGGCCACCGCAACACAUUGUUCCAGUUCAGCGCCUUAUUUGCCCACCGGCUCGAAUCUCUCACUGAAAACCGCUUCCAGCUCUGACUAUGACAUCAAAACGUCCAAGCUCAGCAGCCAAUCGGCCGUCGAACAUUCCAUUGGUGGCAAAGUGAAGGCUGCCUCAAGCGCAAAUCUACGAGAUGGCGCUCUUUACUUAAAAACAGCGCUUACUGCGCUGCCCAGCGGUGUAAAGCCUAUCAGCAGUGAGGAAGCCUCCACCGCGGCUGCGUUAGCAACUACUGCAAAAACUGCCUCCAUAAAAAGUCUCUCUCGACACAGUAGCGAAGAGGACACUGCGAGUGGUUCCAGUCACACCUCUGAACAAGCAACCAAUGCCGCCGCACUGAGCAGCGCGCCCAGCUCAGGUAUCAUACAAGUCUACACUGCAUACAAUACAGGUCUGGCGUCCGGUACUAGCCUCAAAUUGCACGUAACGCCGAAAACAACUGCGCGUGAAGUGAUCAAUUUGGUAGUGAAGCAACUAAAUAUGGCGGCAGUGCUGAAGGGCAACAACGGACCCAUCUAUACGGCGGAUAUGCUGGAGAACUUCUGCUUGGUGGCCGUGAUAGGCGCACGUGAGCGUUGCUUGCGUGAUGACUUUAAGCCAUUGCAAUUACAAAACCCCUGGCGCAAGGGUAGACUCUACGUCCGACAAAAACACGAACUGCUGGCGGCCAUUGAACAUGCAAAUCGCAAAUCUCAUCUGAUUUGAGUGAUGCGUGAGAAGUUACGGGCAUGAGAGAAGCCAAUUAAUAUAUAAAAGAACUAUGCGUUGCUGCUGCCGUGUGGUGAAAGUAGGAACGUUCAAAACUAGUGAAUUGUUGUUGGUAAAGUUCCAACACACUACCUGAUCCAACAAGCUUGUUAGUUGUAGGUAUAUAAAUGAGCUAUUUACAUAUGUAAGUAUGUAAAAGUUGGCUGGUGCAUAGUAAAGACUAGUCCUUAGCUAAUCAUGACUCCGGAAUGUAAGAGCGAUGUAUUUGUAUUAAUAUUUAGAUGUAUACAAUACUGGUAUAAUUUGUACUGUUGUCAUCUCUGAAUAACUGUGCAUACACUGUUGAUCAAGAACCAAGUUUAGAUUAGCCGAAGCAAGAAUCUAUUUUAAAUUCUUAUUUUUUUAUUGUUUUUUUUCCAAUUAAAAGUAACUUAAAAUAUUUUUGGAUUAUUUUUUUGCUUUCUGUUCCGAAACGAUUCUAAUUUAAACUCAAAUGUGCAAGUUUUUUGCGUUGCUGUGGCAAUAAUUAUCUCACCAGUUCCUAAGGAGCCUGCAUUUCCUGUAUUUCAUAUUUACGCGUGCAGAUUUUCUUAUUUUCGAUCAUAGAAACACUUCUUGUCUAUAAUUUUUUCCGAAAAUUGUUUGUAAAAAUUUUAUUUUUUCUUAUUAUUGCUAAUUCUUGCGACAUCAAUUGGCGCAAACACUUUUCGAAAUAUUUUUAAUUAUAAUUACUUUAUUCAUUACCUUCAAGUAAUCAUCAUUUAUAAAUACAAAGACCAGAUAUUUAGGAUCCCUCAAUCAAGUAUAUAUUGUUUGUUUUGUAUUAGCAUUCAAAACAUAGAAUCAAAACAACAAAAAUGGCUAUUUUUUAGUCCGUUUAAAACCCGGAUUUUUUUUUUAUAUAUUUCCAGUCGAUCUUUUUGAGUCCUUCGAAACUCAGACCUUUAUUUUUCUUCAAUAAAUCUGCUGGAAAUGCAUAAAUAACCCAUUCGAUACGGCUUAUUCAUAAUAUAGUCAUGUUGAAUUAUGAAUUUAAAAUAAUUGUCUUAUGAUACAGUUUUCUUCAUAUACAUAAAUACAUGUAGGUACAUAUAUGAAUGUCAAACAGCGUUCGGCAAACUCAUUUAUUAAAUACAUUCCAAUCCACCAGCAAACUUUAAGUGCAUUAUGACACAAUCCAUUCCCAAAUUAGACUGAUUCACCAUAGUAUAUAUAAUUAUAUAUAUAUUUAUAUAAAUAUAUAUAUGUACAUUUGCAAAACCUUUUUUAUUCAUAUACACGCGUAUUAUCCUGAUAAGUUACACUGUAAUCCAUGACAACAAAAGUAAAAUAUGAGAAUUCGUAAUCGCGCGAAUGAAAAAAAAAGAAAGCUUACAGAGUGUUCCACUGAUUUUGAAUUCAAAGCACUGGGCAUAAACCAAACCGCUUAAGUUAAAGCAAAAACAUUUUAUUAAAAAUAUAUAUUAAAUUAUGGCAAAAGCUUAUGCAUAAAUAUUUAUGUGUAUAUACACAUACAUGUACAUACUAUAUAUAUGUAACUAAGUAUGAUUUAGACUGGCGAAGGAACGUACAUAUAUGAAUUUUAAAGUGUACACGAGUGCGCAAUGCAUAUGUAACUAACUGCAGAUACAUACAUAUAUAUAUAUGUAUGUAUAAAUAUAAGCAUAUUAAGUCCGCAUACGUUUAGCGUAGACGCAGAAAUGAUACUAUUAUAAUAAGCAAGUUCUGGUAAUUCCGAACUGUAACGAAACACACCAAUAUCACAAAUCGUAGAUUUAAGCCAUACAUAUGUACAUAAGUAUACGUGUACGCAUGUAACUAUACAACUGAAUAUUAGGCUAACGAAACUAUAUGGUAUUUUUAGCGUAGUUUUUAAAGAAAUGCAUUCAAAAUCAUUAGAAAACAUACAAUUUAUGAAGUGUCUGUAUAAUUGUAUGUGUGUUGAUAUACUAUUUUUGUGUACUUGUUGUUUUUAUGUAUCAAAUAUUAUCAUAUAUUCAUAAUGUAUGCUCAUAGGGUAUGUAUUUAACAUGCACACAUAUGUUUGUGUAUGUGUGUAUAUAUUUUUAGCACGAAAAAUUUUAAAUUUAUAAAUGUUUUGCAAUGUGAAAAAGUGCAAAUGCUUUAACUACAUACCUAUAAGUGUAUGUAUGUAUAUAUAUGUAUGUACAUGCAAUGAUGUGCACUAGUAUUAGUUUUAUAAUAUGUGUGUGAGUUAUUUUUUAAUAAUCAUACGUAGUGAUUGAAGUGGAAAAACAAAAGUAUUUGUUGUUUUUGCAAUAGCAUUAAAUGUUUAGAAAUGUGCUCAAAACUGAAAAAACUCAGCUAAAUGUUAAGCAAAAGUUGAAUUUUUUUAUGUAUUUGAUGUAUGUAAGUUACAUCGCAUAAUGAAUUAUAUAGUUUAUUGAAGCAUAUUUGCAGCAUUUAGUUUUUAUAUAAAAUAUUAAUGUUUUGCAAUGCGAAAAAAAUAAAAUGUAAAGAAAUUGUUAUUUUUCGCUGACUUAGAAAGCUUAUGAAGUCUUGUUGUUAGUCGUAAUUAAAGUGCUUAUAAGAAUUGUAUUUUAUAGAUAAAUAAAGCAACAAAAUAUAUAUCAAAUUA